AUGUCUCAAGAUGGUCCUCAACUGAUUGAUCUGCACGCGGAUGAUAACUCCAGAGGAUUCCCUCUAAAAUCUGCUCUGGAUAUCUUUGAAAAUGAAGUUCUAGUCAAAGAUUUAUCCUCUAGUUCUGGACCGAAUUCUAGUCCGGGAUUGAAUGCAGGUAACGGUAAUAAUGUACGCAAAAAUACAUCGAGAGUUAUGAAUGAUGGAAAAGCCCUGAAUCCCAACGGUUCGGGAAUGUUAUCAACCCUUCCUCCAAGACCUACUGCUAGAAGCAGCCAUAAUGGAAUAGGAAAGAAGGAGAGAUUGGGAAAGGAAAAUGGAGGAGAGAGGGGUUGUCGUCGACAGGCUGUAUGGAUACAGGAGGUACUUCUUUUGUCUUCGUUGCUACACAAACCGAAUAAUGACGAGCUUGAGAGUCAAAACUAUGCUAGUGCCACACCCAUACUUCUUAGCCAACAACAAAUCAAACCUUCUUCCUCACCACUGCCCUCAAUGCCAUCAAUGCUCUCACUACAGCAGCAGCAGCUUGAGCAUAAAUAUCGGAGCCAUAAAGGGCCCUUGGCUACUAUAAGGUUGUUCUCAUUCAGUCUUGAUGUCCAGACAUUUCAUUGGCAUCUGCCUCCGGUUCUGGAAGGUGAUUAA